GGCUGCGCAGAGAGCUGAAAGUGUUUCAGGACAACUCGUCAGGUUACAGGACGUUAACUGGUGUUACGAUACAUAUUUGUUUAUAUUCUUCCACAGUAAUUGUUGUUACCAGUCUGGUAUAGAGCCAUGAAUCCCGAUAUUACCAAAGAGCGAGAAAACGCUACGUUUGACGUCGAAAAACUAACCAAUAUUUUGGACGGAGGCCCAGAGAAAACCAAAAGAAGACGAGAAAUUGAGUCACUGGUUUUCAGCGACCCAGACUUUCAGGAGGACGACCCAAACUUCCUGUCCCGCAGUGAGCGCUAUGACCAGGCUGUUAGAAAAAGUGCCCAAAUGAUCCUGAAGCUCAGAGAGUAUGGCAUUGCUGACCCAGAGGAGAUCUACUUCUAUAAGAAAUGUGUACACCCAGACAGGCCAGAGCCCUUGGAUCUCCAUCUGGGGAUGUUCCUGCCUACACUCCUCAACCAGGCCACCCCAGAACAAAUGGACCGUUUCUUCAUGCCCGCCUGGAACCUAGAGAUCAUCGGCACCUAUGCUCAGACUGAGAUGGGCCACGGUACACACCUCAGAGGACUGGAGACCACAGCCACAUAUGACCCAGCCACACAAGAGUUUGUCUUAAAUAGUCCCACAGUCAGCUCCAUCAAAUGGUGGCCUGGAGGACUUGGAAAGACCUCCAACUAUGCCAUAGUUUUAGCGCAGCUUUAUAGCCUCGGAAAUUGCCGUGGUCUGCACGCUUUCAUCGUACCCAUCCGCGACAUGAACACACAUGAACCCCUGCCAGGCAUUGUAGUUGGAGAUAUUGGCCCCAAGUUUGGCUUUAAUGAAGUUGACAAUGGCUUCCUGAAAUUAGAGAAUGUGCGAAUUCCACGGGAGAACAUGCUGAUGAAAUACGCAAAGGUGGACCCAGAUGGAACCUAUGUGAAGCCACCAAGUGCCAAGCUGACCUACGGGACCAUGGUGUUCAUCCGCUCCAUGAUUGUUGGCGAGUCAGCUCGGGCCUUAAUGAAGUCCUGCACCAUCGCCAUCCGCUACAGUGCUGUUCGUCACCAGUCUGAAAUCCGACCUGGAGAACCAGAACCUCAGAUUCUUGACUAUCAGACACAGCAGUACAAGCUGUUCCCUCUGCUGUCUAUGGCCUAUGCCUUCACAUUUGUUGGCCAGUAUAUGCAUCAGACCUACCACCGCAUCACAGCAGACAUCAACCAGGGGGACUUCAGUGAGCUGCCCGAGCUCCAUGCCCUGUCUGCGGGACUGAAAGCCUUCACCACGUGGGAGACCAACUCUGCCAUCGAAGUGUGUCGCAUGUCAUGCGGGGGCCACGGUUACUCUCGAAGCAGUGCCUUGCCAGACAUUUAUGUCGAGUUCACCCCAACCUGCACCUACGAGGGAGAGAACACAGUCAUGAUGCUGCAGACUGCAAGGUACUUGGUGAAGAGCUACCGGCAGGCUAAGGCAGGCCAGCAGCUGAGUGGCAUCGUGUCGUACCUGAAUGAAGCAGGAGAUCGGAGGUUGCAACCACAGCCUGUAGCUGCCAGACCAACAGUGGUUGAUAUUAAUGACCUGACCAGCUUGGUGGAGGUCUACAAACUCCGAGCGGCCAUCCUAGUAGAGCUGGCAGCAAAGAGCAUCCAGCAGGAGCUGCAGCGCAGGAAGAGCCAGGAGGACGCCUGGAACAACAGCUCUAUCGAUCUGGUCAGAGCCUCCGAUGCCCACUGUCACUAUGUUGUAGUGAAGCUCUUUACUGAUAAGCUGGGAGAGGUUGGUGACACAGCGAUACACUCAGUACUGUCAGACCUGGCUCUGCUCUACGCCCAGAAUGGCAUCACAAAGAACUCUGGAGACUUCCUACAGGCUGGACUUCUGAGCGUGCCUCAGGUGCUGCAGAUUUCUGUUCGCAUCAAGGAGCUGCUGUCUAAGCUGAGGCGAAACGCCGUGGCACUAGUUGAUGCCUUUGAUGUCCACGACAAGAAGCUGAAUUCAGUCCUGGGACGAUAUGAUGGGAACGUAUACGAACACAUGUUUGAGUGGGCUCGCCGCUCUCCUCUCAACAACACACAGGUGCACGAAUCCUUCCACAAGUACCUGAAGCCUCUGCGGUCCAAACUGUGAGCUGACCCUUGAACCUCAACUCCUGGCUAUGACCCCACAACUCCUCAUGGUGCACAUAGGCACAGUCUUAACUGUACUAACCAUCAUGUCAACCAUAUGAUGGCUUUCACUAAACAUACCAGUACGCUGGUCUUAUUGUCUUUUCUGUUUUUCACCUUUGGUGAAACUGAAUACAAUCAGCCUCUCAAAGGAGAUUAUAGUGGAUGAAAAGAAAAGUCAGGGGUGGGGCAGAAAAUGCUAUUGGAAAUUGGAAUAAACAAAAGAAAUGGAAAAAGUGGACUGGGUAAAUAAAGAUGGUAUUUGGAGCCCUAAAACUUAGCUUUAAAAAUACUGAAAUCAAUCAUGUAUUUACAGUUUUAAAUUCCCACAAUCUCUGAACAGAACUUCUGUAAUAAAUCUUCAUGUUUCAUCAUCUUCACUUUCUGCUGCAUGCCUGGAGCCUCUCUGAGCCAGUCCAGAUGGGAAUGCAAGAACAGAAUGUGAUUAUGAAUGUUACGUAACAUAGAUAACAAACCAACUGCAAAAUCAUUUCAUUUUAGUUGUUUCCCCUGACUGCAAGGACCAACAUGCUAUUUCAGUACACAGGGCUUUCAGUUACAAUUUCUUAUUGAAGAGGAAUUGAUUCAUCAAGACAUUUAUCAGUGGCUAACAGCUCCAUAUGUCUAACUCAUGAAUAAGAAUGUAAACAAAAUGAAUGUUUUCAUUGAUACAUUGAUUCCUAUGAAAUACUGUUCUCUUGGUAGAUAACACAUCUACGUAUACACUGGGUUCAGUAAGAAUUACUGCACUUUAAAGUUCAAACUGAAGUUGAGGAUUCACUGAAAUUGUGUGCUUUUAUUUCCCAGAUACUCCUCUAGACUAGAAAGGUGGCUGUUUUCUGUUGGUUGAUUCCCCCUUCACUGAGAACACUAGCUGUGGUCAGCUCAUCUCCCACAAGAUGAAACAAAUACUUAAAUCUUUUAGUUGCAAUGUUCUUAUGUCCAACAUCUGUCACAUCUGCUGUGUUCAGUAAACAACAUCGUCAUACUUAACUAUCCAUUUUUACAGACUAGUGUGUUGGUCAUGCCAAUAGUCCACUCACCUUCUCUAUUUAUUAAAGAGUACUGUUGACAGGCUCAUCAGGAGACACUGGAAUGAUUUAGGCCUCAAUAAUACAAAUUCAGCACUUAAUGCUUUAAAAUUCACUCACUGAUUUCUCACAAUAUAUAAUGAUGCGUGUUUGCAUCAUUGGAAUGAAUGAUUAUGCUGUCAGUCUGCUUCAGGUAAUGAUGGAAGAUGUUAAGUGUUAAAAGCCCCUUUGAGGACCAGCAGUAUGAAUUUCUGGCACUUAUUGAGCAUUGAAGUAUGUGGAUUAGUCUUCUCCCUCCCUAUUGAGUUGAGUUGAUAUAUUAACAACAAGGGUUGCACCCCAGUCAACCUCUUUAGGGAUUCUUUUAUUUUUUUUUUUAAUCAAGUGCAUUUUAGACUACAAACUUGUAAUAAAUCACUGUUACUGUGCUCUAAUGUUCCAAUUCUUCUAACCCUCAUACUAAUGUAAGAUAGAGAUGGGUGCAGACUGCACACCUAUUUUUCAGAUAAUUACAGCUCUGUUUUUAUUAUUACCGUUUCAUAAAAACAUGGUUAGAAAAAUCUGUUGUUAUUGACUGAGCACAGAGAAACGUCUUCUUAGAAUUUUAUUCUUUUUUUUUCUCCGUUAGCAAUCAAACCUCUAAGUGCUACAACCUGAGGCUGAAUAAAGUAGUAGAGAACUACUCAUUUUGAGGGAUUUUGUGACUGUAUUGACACUAUAGUUCAAAAAGAGAGCUUUAAUCUAAAGCCUCUCUCUCUAAACUGUAAAGAUGAUUUGUGUGAUAUUUAUGUGCCUGAGGGACUUUUAACCGAAGAAAGGUCACAAAGUUCCUGUCUUUCAAAUCGUCUAUUUUCACAAACCUUUAAUCAUUUCAUUUAUGCUAGAAGGUUACAGUAACCUAUUUGUAAUGACCGAGCUAUUUGUUAAGUAUUAUUGUGCGAUUAUAUGUUGACAUGUUUUAUUGAUUUGACAACAGGAUUUUAAUUGUUGGUAAAUAAUGUCACCUUAAAUAUAUUAAUUAAUAAAAGAAAAAUAGUAAUCAA